CUCUGUGAUUCUACCCCCCUUAGUUAGGGCCUCUCUGUAUAAACACUAGAUCUGAAAAUGUUAAGACUUCUUAACAGUGAUGAUUAUGAAACGGCAGGGACAAAAGGCAUGGGCUCUCGUAACCUCCUUGUUUUGGCUCUUGGUGUUGUCCUUUUUUUUGUCUUGGGAUUCACAAUAGGAUGGUUUGCCAAGCCCAUUGGAAAGACAAGCCCCACCCAGACGUACCCAAAUAUGAAGAAAGUCUUUCUGGAAGACAUGAAAGCAGAAAACAUAAAGCAAUUUCUUCACAAUUUCACACAACAACCUCAUCUAGCAGGAACAAAUAAGAAUUUUGAUCUUGCAAAACAAAUCCAAGCACAAUGGAUUGACUACGGAUUGGAUAAAGUUGAACUAAAACAUUACGAUAUCCUCCUAUCAUACCCAAAUGAAACAAAUCCCAACUACAUCUCAAUCAUUGAUGAGCAUGGGAAUGAAAUUUAUAACACAUCACUGUUCGAGCCGCCUCCCCCAGGAUACGAAAAUAUUACAGAUGUCGUCCCACCCUAUAAUGCAUAUUCAGCUCAAGGGACUCCUGAGGGAGAGCUUAUAUAUGUGAAUUAUGCAAGAACAGAAGAUUUUCACUUCCUGGAACGAAAUUUAAGCAUUAACUGCUCUGGAAGAAUAGUUAUUGCAAGAUAUGGAAAAAUAUUCAGAGGAAAUAAGGUAAGUAACGCACAAAGAGCUGGUGCCAAAGGAAUUAUCCUGUAUUCAGAUCCAGCAGAUUACUGUGCACCUGGAGUGGAGCCCUAUCCCGAUGGAUGGAAUCUCCCAGGGGGUGGAGCCCAGCGUGGAAACGUUCUAAACCUGAAUGGUGCCGGUGACCCUUUAACCCCAGGCUACCCAGCAAAAGAAUAUACAUAUCGGUGUCAUGUAAAAGAUGGCGUAGGACUCCCUAAAAUUCCAGUCCAUCCUAUAGGUUAUCAUGAUGCGUAUAACCUACUACGGCAUAUGGGGGGAGCCCCUCCUCCAGACAAAAGUUGGAAGGGAAGCCUUAAUAUUUCCUAUAACAUUGGGCCUGGAUACAAGGAAGGUCAAGAAUUGAGUAAAAUCAGAAUGCACAUCCACUCUUUCAAUGAAGUAAGAAGAGUCUACAAUGUAAUUGGUACCAUUAAAGGAGCGGUGGAACCAGACAGAUAUGUUAUAUUUGGCGGUCAUCGCGACUCCUGGGUUUUUGGUGGAAUUGAUCCACAAAGUGGAGCGGCUGUUGUCAAUGAGAUUGUAAGAAGUCUUGGAAAAUUAAGAAAACAAGGAUGGCAUCCACGGAGAACAAUUAUUUUUGCCAGCUGGGAUGCAGAAGAGUUUGGUUUGUUAGGGUCUACAGAGUGGGCAGAGGAGAAUGUGAAAAUACUUCAAGAACGGACAGUGGCAUACAUAAAUGCAGACAGCUCUGUAGAAGGGAAUUAUACUUUAAGAGUGGACUGCACACCUUUAAUGUACCAACUGGUCUACAGGUUGACAAAAGAGCUUCUGAGCCCUGAUGAAGGGUUUGAGGGCAAAUCUUUAUAUGAAAGCUGGCAUCAGAAAGACAAUUGGACUGAAUACAAAGAUUCUCCAAGGAUAAACAAGCUGGGAUCUGGGAACGAUUUUGAAGUAUUUUUUCAGAGAAUUGGCAUUGCUUCUGGCAGAGCACGAUAUACUAAAAAUAGGAAAGAGGGAAGGUUCAGCGGAUACCCGGUUUAUCACAGUGUUUAUGAGACAUCAGAGAUUGUCGAUAAGUUUUACGAUCCCCUUUAUAAGAACCACCUCACUGUAGCCCAGGUACGGGGAGGGCUUGUAUUUGAACUUGCUGAUUCCAUGAUACUUCCUCUUGAUGGUGAAGACUAUGCAGAAGCCCUAAAGAUCUACACAAACAUCAUUUUAAAAAUGGCGCAAAGACAUAAGGAAAAACUUAUGACCUAUGAAGUUUCUUUUGAUUCUUUGUUUUCUGCUGUGGACAAUUUUACAGAAGCUGUCAAGUCAUUUAAUAGGAGACUGCAGCAACUUGACAUAAGCAACCCACUUGCAGUGAGAUCUGCAAAUGAUCAGCUGAUGUAUUUAGAAAGAGCAUUUAUUGAUCCCCUUGGCUUACCAGGAAGGCCAUUUUAUAGACAUAUCAUCUUUGCUCCAAGCAGCCACAACAAGUAUGCUGGAGAGUCCUUCCCUGGGAUCUAUGAUGCCUUGUUUGAUAUUGAAAACAAACUAGAUGAACGUGCAGCUUGGGAAGAAGUGAAAAAGCAAAUCUCAAUUGCUGCCUUUACAGUUCAAGCUGCAGGAGAGACUCUGAAAGAGGUUGCCUGAAUAUACUAGAAUGUGAUAAAUUAUAUGUCAUGCGCUCCAGCAAGAAACUGCUGCCAUUGGUGAAAUGGAAUUAAGUUCUUCAGCAUUUACUGAAGAGAUUCAGGUCUGGGACAUCUAAAGAAUGUGAAUUAAUGUUACAUGAAUGUGACAUUGCCUAGAUGAGUUAUAAAAAUGUCAUUUUCUAUGACAAAUAUACAUUUAUAUAUUUUCUGAGCUAACACUGGUACCCGUGUUAUUACAACCAUCAGCAGCCCUCCACACAACAAUUAACCCUAUAUUGCCCAAAUCCACAAUUAAAGCACCAUACUACAACUAUUGCUCCACAUCCUAAACCUCCUGUGGAGGGAGAAACCAGGGGAUACCUAGGGAUAGGUAGCUAUUUGAGGUGGGAGGGUCUGGUGCAGUAGCGGUUAACAUGAUCAAGAGGAGGUUUCAAUUGGGGUUAAAAGGCUAUUGUGUAAGGAAAAUACGGGGAUAAUAGCAAGGGGUGCAGUAGGCUGUUGGUGGAGGUAGUGGCUAUUGUUAAUAAGGUCCAAGCCUGGAAGUAAGGGGGCUAAUUGAUGGUGCAUUACAUCUGGUGCGUUAGUUGCUAACAGCUGUGGGGUUAUACAGAGUAAUGUGGUUAUAGUGGGGGAAGAGGUUAUGGUUAGGGUUAAUGUGGAGAGGGAGAUAUGGGAGGUUGGUAUUAACUAUGGUGGGGGCUGGUGUGGUUAGAUUUUAUCAUAGUGGUUAGUUAUGAUGGUUGUGGUAGGAUCAGAGGAUCCGCCUGACAUAAGGGAAACACUGGUACCUAUAUAUGCGCAUCACUGGAAUUCACUGCAGUCUCGAAUUGCUAAAAAUUCUACUGUGUAAUAAAACAGCCACUUCAAAUAACGAGAGUUCUAGGAAAAUGGGAAAUAAAGUUCUUACGCAAGACAUUUACAGCAUUCUAACACCUAUAAAAUCACUUGAACAUUAAAACUUCAUCACUGGGUAUGUUAUAGUACAAUUUGAAAAUUGCUGAAUGGAAUCUGCUGUUAAGAUACAGAUGUCGGGAGUUAUGGAGUGCUGUGAUAGUUGCUCAGAAUCAGUGGCGUACACAUAGGACACUACUAAUUUUAAAAGACAUCCCGGUCCGUGAGCACUAGCAGUUUUGUCCAGUUCCAAAACCCAGUUUACACAAGAUACAAACAAAAUUAAUCAAAUUGGAUUCUUUAUACUUGUUUAGGAAAGGGAAAUCUAACCAUUUAAAGAGACACUUAAACUUUCAUGAUUCAGACAGAGCAUGCAAUUUAAAAGGGAUAGUUUACUUCAAAAUUUUUGUUGUUUAAAAAGAUAAAUAAUCCCUUAAUUACCCAUUCCCCAAUUUUGCAUAACCAACACACAUAUAAAUAUACUUCUUACCUCUAAGAGUUAGCACAACACAGUACUAAAUGCAACUCAAUAGAUUUUAAAUAGUCACAGUCAUGUGAUCAGGGGGCUGUCAGAAGAUGCUUAGAUACAAGGUAAUCUCAGGGGUAAAAAGUAUAUUAAUAUAACCUUGUUGGUUAUGCAAAACUGGGGAAUGGAUAAUAAAGGGAUUAUCUAUCUUUUAAAACAAUAAAAAUGAUAUUGUAGACUGUCCCUUUAAUACAGUUCAUACUCUCUGAUAGGACAUUAGAGAGGCAGCUCCCUAACAGUCACUUCUAAAAAUCCCUCUACCGCUUCUAGUACCAUAAAUGUCCUUCUUCCGGAACUUUUUCAACUUCCAUUUAAAACUUCACCAUCAUCGCUUGUAGGUUAUUUUUUUCUGAUUUACGAGAAAGGGAAAGCCUCGGUCAUGUGUUUUACAGAAUUUGUUUGUAGACAACUGAACAAAAUGUUACAUUUACUUGUAUAUCCCUAAACUGUACAAUGUCUGCAGCAGUGUAUACCACCUGAGAAAGGAAAUAAAAUCAGCAAAAACUGCAACUUAAA